AUGGAGGCCUUUCUCACGCGCCCAAAGCGAAAAUCGACCCAUGUAAAUGCUACACCGGAACGGGAACCGGAAGCAACCCUAGAACAUGUGGAAGAUGGCGAAGAGUCGACCGAGAUCAAGCUCGCCAUGUUAUCCUCAUUACACCCUCUAAUUGAACAGGAAACUCUUUUGGAUGUCCUCCUCGCCCACGAUGGCUCCGUCAGCAAUGCGUCAGAAUCUCUCAAAUCCUUUCGUCCAGGAGCAAGGAAGAACGCUGUCAUAGGACACCAGCAGUCCCUAAGACAAUAUGCAAAACCCAGUGAUGGAUCAUUAUCGCCGCCCAAGAAAAAGACAAAGUCUAAAAAGGGAAGCACACUGCACCUAUAUGACCCGGAAGAUGUUGCAGAGCAUACUCCAUGUACCAUUAUACACAAUUUUCUCCCAAGUGAGCUUGCGGAUGACCUCCUGAGAGAGCUGUUAGACGAAGCCAAAUCCUUUGAGCAAAUCACAUUCAAGCUAUUCGAGAAUAUUGUGGCCAGCCCGCACACUUCAUGCUUAUUUCUCGAGUCUUUCGAAAAGAUCCAGGAGCAAAAGCAUGAUUAUUUUUAUAAUGGAGGCAUGCUGAAUGAUGUACGCAAACUCACGCCGGCACUUGCUAAAGUAAAACCAAUCGUCCAAGAGACAGUCAAUGAGCAGAUCCAAACUCGCAUCAAGACUAGAUACCCUGGAGGCAAAAAACUGAGACAUCAACCAUCUAAGCCAUGGGUGCCAAACGCCGCAUUUGUCAAUUGCUACGCUGGAGCCCAACAGAACGUAGGGUGGCAUAGCGAUCAUCUUACAUACCUGGGCCCCCGAGCUGUUAUCGGAUCAAUCUCCCUGGGCGUUGCACGGGAGUUUCGUGUGCGCAAAAUCCUACCGCGAGAUGCGGAAACGAAACGCCCAGAUGAUCCAGACGGCGAGGGUCAGAUAUCAAUUCACCUGCCACAUAACUCUCUCCUUGUGAUGCAUGCCGAGAUGCAAGAAGAGUGGAAGCAUUCUAUUUCCCCAGCACUGUCCAUCGAUCCACAUCCCAUCGCAGGGAACAAGCGGAUCAACAUCACGUAUCGAGACUAUCGGGCAGAGAUGCACCCUUCCCUUACACCAAGAUGUCACUAUGGGUGUACAUUUUUCGAAUGGGCUGAAUUUGAUGAAGACGGAAUCCCUAUACGUAACAAGAAGACGACCUUGAAGCCGCCUUGA